AUGGACGAAUCUGAGUUAGACGAUUUAGAGAACAAUUUUAAAAGACUACUCGAUGAAUCUGUUGAAGAAACUACAGAAAAUGGUUCUACCUUCAAAGAUAAUAAGACCAGAACACCAGAAGAGCCCAAAACCGUGUUGUUGUAUAAAAAGGGAGAUCCACAUGACAUCAGCAACUAUCGUCCAAUCUGCCUACUGUCCGUCAUCUACAAUCUCUUUACAAGAGUGAUCCUUAAUAGGAUUGAAAAAGUCCUGGUUGAAGGGCAGCCAUGGGUGCAAGCAGGGUUUCGAAAAGGAUUCAGCACGAUUGACCACAUUCACACUGUUUCGGAAUUCAUCGAGGUAUCACGAGAGUACAAGAUGCCGCUCUGUCUCACCUUCAUCGACUUGAAGAAGGCCUUCGACUCAGUCGAGACGGAAGCGGUCGUGGAAGCAUUGGACAACCAAGGCGUCCCUACUCAGUAUAUUAAGGUACUUCGAGAGUUGUACAGUAACUUCACGACCGGAAUUUCGCCAUUCUACAAGAACAUCAUCAUUGACGUGAAGAGGAGGGUCUGA